GUAUCCGCGGUGGAACCUUUUCGAACACAUUCCAAACGUAUCGGUCUUGUGUGUUAAGAUUGCUGUUUGUGCAUCCUGUCAGUAACUCAGAUUAGUGUAUAAUUUAAAAACGUUUUGUCAGAAAACAUGCUGAGAACGUUGUGUCGGGCUGGCGGCUCCCUUUUGCAGUCUCAGCGUGCCAUGCCCAGGUUGUGGAUGACACCUUGCCAGCAGCGGUGGGCUUCCCGCUUACCCAUGAACACCGUGAUCCUGUUCGUACCACAGCAGGAAGCCUGGGUGGUUGAGAGAAUGGGUCGCUUUCACCGCAUCUUAGAACCGGGGCUGAACAUCCUUAUUCCCCUUCUGGACCGAAUUCGAUAUGUGCAAAGCCUUAAGGAGAUUGUCAUCGACAUCCCUGAGCAGUCAGCAGUGUCUCUCGAUAAUGUGACCCUGCAAAUUGAUGGAGUCCUUUAUUUGAGAAUCCUGAAUCCUUUUAAGGCCAGUUAUGGGGUAGAGGAUCCAGAAUAUGCUGUGACCCAGCUGGCACAAACCACAAUGCGCUCAGAACUUGGCAAACUGACGCUGGAUAAAGUGUUCAGGGAAAGGGAGUCUCUUAAUUCCAAUAUUGUCCAUGCCAUCAAUCAGGCAUCAGACGACUGGGGAAUUCGCUGCCUGCGCUACGAAAUUAAAGAUAUACAAGUUCCUCCUCGAGUUAAAGAAUCGAUGCAGAUGCAGGUGGAGGCAGAGCGUAAGAAGAGAGCCACCGUUCUGGAGUCUGAGGGUUCUCGGGAAGCAGCAAUCAAUGUCGCAGAGGGUCGCAAGCAGUCGCAAAUCCUGGCUUCAGAGGGCCAGAAAGCUGAGCAGAUAAACAAAGCAGCAGGUGAGGCCCAGGCUGUGCUGGCUGUAGCCGAGGCCAAAGCCAAGGCCAUUCGUCUGUUGUCUGAAGCUCUGACUGAAAAGAAUGGUAACGCUGCAGCUUCCCUGAGUGUUGCUGAACAGUACGUGUCUGCUUUUUCCAACCUUGCUAAAGAGUCCAACACGGUCAUCCUGCCCUCCAACACUGGAGACAUUAGUGGAAUGGUCACACAGGCCAUGACCAUUUACAACACGCUGUCCAAGCAGAAGCCCAAAGCUGAAAGCGUGAUGACGCACGAACCCGACGAAUUUUCAGCACAGUAACUCUGAGUGUCCUUACUGCUCUGAACUCCAGCAGACCAUAAAUAGAUGAUUUCUGCGUCAAGAGUUUUACCCCGUUACUGUCUGGCACAAAAGACACUAUCUCCUGCAGAGCGUCCAGACAGAAGGACAGACUGAGACAAAACUUGAUAACUGGCAGAGACGCUGAGAGUGGAACUGGAUCUGGUGUCAGGCUGGCAUCGUUCUUGACCUAAAUCCACAGUCCUCUAAAUGUUAUCUGUGAAAACUGACAUUUGUCCUCAGCGUGUUGUGCUAAAAUAUUAAAGGACUGUUCAGCUCCUGAAAACUGUCACCUUCCUUCACUCUGAAGUUUCAUGGCUGAACAUUUAAAACCCACCUCUGCAUCAUUUUACCAUUAUUUUGUC